GUCUAGGGAGGGCGCUAGGUAGCGUUAUUGGUGGCUUUAUGAUUGACAACUUGGGAAGUCGAACGACGUACCAACUGUAUGCAGCUUUCUGCGCCUUCAUGGGCGUUUUGUAUGUAAUGUUGUACUACCUGUGGCUUCGCAAGAGAGACGGUGCUCUGGCAACUAGUGGAAAGGAAGAGAAAGUCAGAAACGGUGCUGAUAACAAGGACAUUGAGGACGACAAAACAACAGCGACCGAGAUGAUGUCACCGUUAGAGAAAAUGCGUGUGGCUUCUCCAACAGAUAUCGAAAUAGAUAAUAUUAUACUAAAAGAAGAAACUGUUGACAAGGACUUCCAUCGAAGGAGUUCCCCCACCACUACUCAUGAUAAGAAAGAAAGACCCCCGGUGGAGAAAACUGAAUAUAAGGGUUCAGACAACCCUGCCUUCCUCAAAACAGAUUAACACACACUUUCAUUGCAUAUACGACUGAUCUUUAUAUGGUGUUACGUUUGGUAUUCCAUAAAAUUUGUGUAUCAUAAUCAGAGUUAGGUAGUCUUAGGGCAUAUUUCACAAAUUAAAGCCACUUUGCCCCUAAAGAAGAAAGGUUCAUCUUUCGAAAGCGCUCAGGUUAUAGGGCUUCGUAUUUUUAUCUUUAAUUCAUUUUUGAACGUACGUGUUUUCCUAAAAUCGCAAUCUUCUUUUAACCCAGUAUACGUGUAGACAGGGACAAAAUGUUCCACAUUAUACGUGUAGACAGGGACAAAAUGUUCCACAUUAUACAAACAGACAAGGACAAAAUGUUGUACAUUAUACAUACAGACAGGGACAAAAUGCUGCACAUUAUACGUGUAAACAAGGACAAAAUGUUGCACAUUAUACAAACAGACAAGGACAAAAUGUUGCACAUUAUACGUGUAGACAGGGACAAAAUGUUGCACAUUAUACAUACAGACAGGGACAAAAUUUUGCACAUUAUACAAACAGACUAGGACAAAAUGUUGUACAUUAUACAUACAGACAGGGUCAAAUGCUGCACAUUAUACGUGUAAACAGGAACAAAAUGCUGCACAUUAUACGUGUAAACAGGGACAAAAUGUUGCACAUUAUGUAUACAGACAGGGACAAAAUGCUGCACAGUACAAAGGAUACAUAAGAAAAGUAAGUGCAACAAUAUGACUUGGAGAUACUAAACUUAAUAAUGAACACACAAUACUUUAUUUGUUGUUUAAAAAUAACUACGAUUUAACAAGCAGACCAAUUUAGUGACCACCACCGUUAAAACCAGCAUCUAAUAAACUCAGAAGUUCUGCCGGAAAAGAAGAACAGAAGAUAAGGAAAAAAAAAGAGUAGUUCUAAUGGUGUCUGAAGUCUGGUACCAACCUUUUUCUAAUAUGAUUAAUGCCUAAAAACUCCGAAUAAGUCAGGGGAACAAUGCUACUGUUACAUGGUGGUUAAACAGUUAUCGUUAUACAUAUUCGGUCAGUCUUUUACUAUCUCAAGCCAAUAUGGAAAAGUAUGUGAAUAAUGCACAAAGUGACUAUCUUGUAGCACUUCUGACAUCUUCCAUUCUCUGUCUUCCAAUCUUCAGUGUUUCAUUUUUGAACACUGCUGGUUACAGAAACUGUGAUUUUCAAAAAGGAAUCUCGUGGAUUUUUGCGAAGAAAAGGAAGUCUCUUAAGGACUGUUUCCGACACGUCAGUAAAUAUGUACCUGGUAUAACUAAUUAUAAAAUUUUAAGUUUUUGUUUUUCAUAUACUUGGAUUAUGUCACAUAAUUCUAGCUGUCAGGUAAAAUGAGUAUAGUGAAGAAAAAAGUAUAUUUGAUUUCAA